AUGUUCAGAUAUCGUACGGUAAUAAGACCAACUACUGAGAGGCUUCUAAACCGGUUGGCCCUUAGAUCAAGCUCGUUUCGAUCCAAAAGUUCUGUUGCAUCCCAUCCACGCCAUGUCGCCGCGCAGCUCGACUUUCGCACCUUCAUUGACGUGCUGCGCGAAGACGGAGACCUUGCGGAUAUUGAACAAGAAGUGGAUCCGCACCUUGAAGUCGGCGCAAUCGUUAGACGCGUGAGCGAGGUCAAUGGAAAAGCACCUCUCUUCCACAAUGUCAAGGGAGCCAAAAACGGUCUGUGGAGGAUGUUUGGAAAUGCCGCGAGCCUGAGGAGUCACGAAUCAGAGAAGUACGGGAGGAUAGCUCGAUCGCUUGGUUUGCCUGCCGAUUCAAGUUGGAAGGAUAUUCUCGAGAGAAGCCAGGUUGGCAAGGUCAAGCCCAAAGUAGAGCCUCGAGUUUUAUCGACAGGGCCAUGCAAGCAAUUUAAGAUCUUUGGCGAUGAGAUCGAUUUAAACAAGCUUCCAGCACCAAUGCUGCACCAAGCAGACGGAGGGAAAUAUCUACAGACAUAUGGAGUUCAUAUCCUUCAAGCUCCUGACGCAUCGUGGACAAAUUGGUCCAUCUUCCGCGGAAUGAUCUAUGACAAUAGACGUUUAGUUUGCUUGGUUGGAAGUGGUCAGCAUAAUUCCAUCAUCAGGGACAAGUGGCUCAAGGAGGGAGCAACGGAGAUUCCGUGGGCCUUGGCAAUGGGUGUUCCGCCAGCAGUUAGUCUGGCGGCCGCAUGUCCUAUUCCAGAGGGCGUAUCCGAAGGCGAAUACGUUGGCGCGCUCGUGGGUGAGCCUCUUGAGUUGGUCAAGUGUGAGUUGAGUGACCUCUUAGUGCCUGCAAACAGCGAAAUCGUGUUCGAAGGAACAUUUUCUCUCGAAGAUAAAGCCUACGAAGGUCCAUUUGAAGACUAUUUAGGACUUCACUUUGACGACGACAAACAUUUACAGCCCCUUUUCACUGUCAAUGCAAUUACCUAUCGAGAUGAUGCGAUAUUGCCUGUUUCUGUUCCAGGAAGAAUCUCUGACGAAUCUCACACGACAGCAUCGCUUGCAUCGGAAGAAUUCCUGGAACUCUGCAAGAAACACGAUCUUCCAGUACUGGAUGCUUUUGCACCUCUCGAAACUCACGCUACCUGGUGCGCUCUUAAGAUAGACACCGAUAGGCUUGCUAAAGAGAAAACGAAUUCUCAAGACUUUUGUAACAAACUUGGGCAGAUUGCUUUCAACAACAAAAGCUGCAUGCUCAUCAAUAGAAUUUUGCUAUUUGGACAUGAUGUGGACAUCCGUAAGUUUGAUGAUAUUAUUUGGGCUUUGGUUACGCGCUGCCGCCCAGGGCAGGAUGAAUACGUGUUUGAAGAUGUGCCUGGCUUCCCCCUUACUCCGUACAUGUCACAUGGCAGCGGCGACGCAAGGCGAGGGGGGAAGGCUAUCUCUGACUGUCUGUUCCCAAUGGAGUACGAGGGAAUGCGGGCUUUCAGCGGCGUUGACUUCGAGAAAAGCUACCCUAAGGAAGUUAAGGAUAAAGUGAGAGCUAACUGGUCUGCAAUGGGGUUCGAAACUUUGUAG